AUACGGUAAUUUUUAGCUAGCUGCCUGUACAUGUGGCCGUUGCAGUAACCCCGUCGAGGGCCUCUCGAUAUCCGACACCACUUGCUGGCACGUCAGUUCCGUGGUUGGGAUGUUUACAUGGAUGUAACAUGGAACGUGAUUGACAGGUUCAGAUCAGUAACACAACACAAUGGAAGGAUGGAAGCUUCUGGUGACAGUUGGUUGGCUUUUUCCAACAUGUCAAGGUUACGACCCUAAAAACAUACUUGUGCUGGGAGGAAAUGGAUUCAUAGGAGCUGCAACUUCAGAAAGACUCAUUGCAAGGGGAGAUAAUCUGGUACUUGUAAAUCGUGGUAACUGGUAUUGGGACUCGCACUCGACUGUGAAGCCGCAUGUUAAACACUUAACUUGUGAUCGGCAACGUCAGUUACGUCACUGUGAGGACUUGCGUCGUUUUAAAGACUUCGUUUAUUUUGACGUGGUUGUAGAUUUUAGUGCGUACCAUUCCGAGGCGGUUGAAGAUGUUCUAGACUUACUUAAAGGCAGGGUUGGCAGAUAUAUAUACAUAAGCUCCGAUUCCGUGUACGAGGUCUGCAGCAAGAAUCAUUCCAACCCAAGUCGGGAAAGUGACGCUGUCCGUCCGAUGAAUGCGGAGGAAAAGCUACAAAUGGCUGGCAAGGAUGAUUAUGGUCAUAGAAAACUGGAGUGUGAGGAGGUAUUGGUUAGACAAAGACAGGAGGAAGGCGGAGUGCCGUACGUUCUACUGCGACUUCCCGAUGUUAUUGGGCCAAGAGAUAACACAUACCGUUGGUGGAUGUAUCAGAUGUGGCUGAGACUUUCGGGGUAUCUCGAAAGACAAAUUUCAAUUCCAAAAUUUCUCAUGGAUCAGAAGUUAAGUUUUGUGUACUCUCUGGAUGUGGCGGAUAUGGUGGUAAAAUUAACUGACUGUGAGCUUGGAAAAUUUGACAAUGCGUAUAAUCUGGGUACAGACGAAAUGCCAACCUUACUGGAAGUGUUAGAAUUGAUGAAAAGACAGCUGAAUCUAGAGAACACCCAUAUUCCUGUCAAUGAUAGCGCCGAAGCGAUAUAUCUAUUCCCUUCAGUAAAACUUGGGCCUGUUGACUCGAGUAAAGCUAAAGACAUGUUGAACUGGACACCGACCUCAUUUGAAACUAUUUCUAGACAGACCAUACGUUUUUAUGAGUUCGCUAUCAGAAAUAAAGGUUUUGUUUUAGCUCGAAAAGAAAUUAUUAGAAAUAUGCAAGCAUACUUUACGAAGCAGCCACACAAUGUUUUGUAUGGUCUGAAUGGGGUAUACGGGAUAAAGUACCCAGACACGCACGAUGAACUAUAGGUGUACUCUGUAUGUUUAAAUUGUUGAUGAUACGUUAAUAUUUCGCAUUUGUCAAAAUUCACAAAGCAUGACACGAACCAAAACUUCAAUGAUGCACUUUCUUAGUCUAUAAUUAAUCCUUGAAUUGUCGGGUUUCGUGAAAUUUCUCGUUGUCACCGCCAUUUCAGAGCAAUAAGAUGUUCAUUCAUUUAGUAUUUUUGUAAUAAAAUGAUACUGAAAUGCUG